AUGGCACCACGCAGCGCGCGCACCGACGCCAACCAGCCCAGCCGCGAGGGCGCGCACGAGGCACCCCUGGUGGUGCAGCAGGCCCAGAAGCAGGACCCGGAGCAGCCGGCGCUGGGCUCUGUGCUGCCGGCCUUUGAUGCCGCCGCCACCGCCGACGUGGCGGUGGUGGGCGCGGGGCCCGCGGGCCUGGCGCUGGCGGCUGAGCUGGCGCAGCAGGGGCUCAGCGUGGUGCUGGUCAGCCCGGAGAGCAAGUUUGUGAACAACUACGGUGUGUGGCUGGACGAAUUCAAGGACCUUGGCCUGGAGCACACGCUGGACACAGUGUGGGACGACGCGGUGUGCUUCUUCAAGGAGCAGCAGGCGGUGCGAGUGGGGCGGCCGUACGGACGCGUCUGCCGCCGCCGCCUGCGCGAGCACCUGGUGGCUCGCUGCGCGGCGGCGGGCGUGGCCUACCUGGAAGCUGAGGUGGCGGAUGCCAGCUCAUCGCCCAGCGACCAGUCCGCCCACCUGGGCCUGGCCGACGGCCGGCGGCUGAGCUGCCGCCUGGCGGUGCUCGCCUCGGGGCAGGCCGCCGGCAAGCUGCUGAAGUACGAGGCAGGUGUACCGCCGGUGGCGGCGCAGACCGCGUAUGGCAUCGAGGCAGAGGUGGAGGGGUAUGGCGACAGCUACCCCACAGACGCCAUGCUCUUCAUGGACUUUAGGCGGCACCACACCGGCCUGUACGACGGUACCGCCAACCGGCAGCAGCCCGGCAAGAGCCAGCACGGCAAGGAUGGCCUGUGGGGCACGGAGGCGGAGGUGCCGUCGUUCCUGUAUGCCAUGCCGCUGGGCGGCAACCGCGUGUUUCUGGAGGAGACCUGCCUGGUGGCGCGGCCAGCCAUGCCGUUUGCCACCCUCAAGCGGCGGCUGGAGCGGCGCUGCCGCGCGCUGGGCAUCGAGGUGAAGGAGGUGCACGAGGAGGAGUGGAGCUACAUCCCCGUGGGCGGCCCGCUGCCGCUGCCAGACCAGCCCGUUGCGGCGUACGGCGCGGCGGCAAGCCUGGUGCACCCCGCCACCGGGUACAGCAUCACCCGGAGCCUGCGCGAGGCGCCCGCCACGGCGCGGGCCGUCCAGCUGGCGCUGCAGGAGCAGCCCAGCAGUGCGGCCGCAGUGCGGUAUGUGUGGGAGGCGCUGUGGACGCAGGAGCGGCGCCGCCAGACCUCCUUCCAGGUGUUUGGCAUGGAGCUGCUGUGCCAGCUGGACACUGGCAGCACCGCCGAUUUUUUCACCACCUUCUUCCGCCUGCCGCACUCCUUCUGGCGCGGCUUCCUGGCCAGCAAGCUGUCAUCGGUGGACCUGCUCAGCUUUGCGAUGCUGACAUGGUUGCUGGCGCCGCUCAACAUCAAGGCCAAGCUGGUCACCCACUUCAUGCUGGACCCCUCGGGCCGAUACAUGAUCGGCUGCUACACGGGCAAGAACCGGGAGCAGUGGGAAGCCGGGCCGGGCGGCGCGGCCACGCAGCUUCCUGCCGCGGCGGCGGGCAUGCUGGCGCUGCAGCAGCUGGCGCAGCAGGCAGCCGAGCGGGUGUGA